CAAGCCCUUUAUUUGCAAUACGCACCUGCCAGCAUUAAAAGCUAACCAGAGCUGUGGAGGCUACACACGUCUCUCUCUCUCUCACAAGACUACUGCUAGCAGUUGAAAAACCCAAAUCUCUCAACCGCUAAACCCUGGCAUAUCCACACCAACAACAUGAGCGUCGAGCCCUUCAAUCGGUUGGUGAAACUUGCUGCUCGAGCUUUUUACGAUGACAUAACCACAAAAGGCGAUAAUCAACCCAAAACGGGGAGGAGCGAUAACAGAGGAAUUGCUGUGGUGGUGCUUGACGCUCUUACUAGACGGCAAUGGGUUAGGGAAGAAGAUUUGGCAAAGGAUUUGAAAUUGCACUCAAAGCAACUUCGUCGAACCCUGCGGUUUUUUGAGGAAGAAAAACUAGUUACCCGAGAUCAUAGGAAAGAGACGGCUAAGGGAGCAAAGAUAUAUAGUGCUGCUGUUGCUGCCACCGCUGAAGGUCAACGGACUGCAAAAGAGGGGGAGGAAAAGAUAAAACUACACACUCACUCUUACUGUUGUCUGGAUUAUGCACAGAUAUAUGAUGUUGUUAGGUACAGACUGCACCGCUUGAGGAAAAAGCUAAAGGAUGAACUGGAAAACAAAAAUACUGUUCAAGAGUAUAUAUGCCCUAACUGUGGGAGAAGGUACAAUGCCUUGGAUGCACUACGAUUGGUUUCUCCAGAUGAUGAAUACUUCCACUGUGAGAAUUGCAAUGGGGAACUUGUGGCAGAGAGUGACAAGUUAGCUGCUCAAGAAGGAGGAGAUGGAGAUGACAAUGCAAGGAGGCGACGGCGUGAAAAAUUGAAGGACAUGCUUCAAAAAAUGGAGGUGCAACUUAAGCCAUUAAUGGAUCAACUUAAUAGAGUGAAGGAUUUGCCUGUUCCUGAAUUUGGAAGCCUUCAAGCAUGGGAAGCUCGAGCAAGUGCUGCUGGGCGCCCAGUAAAUGGUGAUUCUAGUUCCAAUGAUCCCUUCAAAUCUUCCCAGGGGCUAGGGUAUGGUAGAACGCCGAUGACAUUUAUUGGGGAGACAAAGGUUGAAGUUGCCUUUUCUGGUGUUGAAGGCAAGGAAGAGGAUGUCAAAUCUGAAACUGCAAGUUCAGAUCGGAAAGUUUUGCCUCCAUGGAUGAUCAAGCAGGGAAUGAACCUUACAAAAGAGCAACGUGGAGAGGUCAAGCAAGAGUCUAAAAUGGAUGGAAUUUCGUCAGCUGAAUUCUCAGAUGACAAGAAGUCCAAUGAUGAUGUAGAUAAUAAAAGCUUACAGGAUGAGUAUGUUAAAGCUUAUUAUGCUGCUUUGCUUAAGAAGCAACAAGAACUAGAAGAAGCUGCUAAGAAGCAGGAGUUGUUACAUGCACCCAACUCAAAUGGCGUUUCUGAAUCACUUUCUAAUCGUCAGGUGGGCAUGAAGUCCAAACGUGAGGAGGAUGAAGGGGAAGAUGAUGUUGAAUGGGAAGAGGCCCCAACUGGUGGCAGUACAGGUGAAAGUUACAAGGUCAAUGACUUGAAUUUUGAAGCUGAAGCUUCAGGAGAGGAGGAGGAUGAUAUAGAUUGGGAAGAUGGUUGAGUGUCAAAUUAAUUAACUUGUGCAAUGCAUGGGAACAUAUUUACGAAUUCAAUAUGAAAGGUAAACAACAUUUAAUCUUUAUGUGUUGCUUAUGUAGACACUGAUUUCUACCAAGUUUAAGAUAUUGUCCAUUGAGAACUACAGUUGAUAAUACCUUGUGUGUAAGUCACUUGUGCAUGUAUUUUGUAAAUCCUUUUUUUUUUUUUGGCUUGUUUAUUAAAACCCCAAUUUUGGCA